AUGAAAGUUUAUGUUGCUGCACCUGGUCAACAUAAUUGGCCUAUUAUACCAGAUGAUAUACAAGAUCGUCUUUUAGAAAUUCUUAAUGAAUAUUUAAAUGAAGAAAAACUUGAAAUAUCAUUAAAACGUUCACGAAAGAAAAUAAAAAAUUUAAUUAAACAUCCAAUUAAACAACAUUUAGCUAUUGGUUUACGUUGUGUUAUGCGUUGUUUAAAACAAAAUCAAUGUUUAUUAGUUUUUGUUUGUACAUCAUUAACACCAAUUAUUUUAACUAAACCAAUUUUACUUCUUUCACAAAUACAUUCAAUACCAUCGAUACGUAUAAAAAAUUUAUCAACAAUAUUAACAAAAAUAUUUUCUAUACGACAUUGUUCAACAAUAGGUUUUAAAUUAUCAUGUCAAGAACAUGAACAACUUAAAAAACUUAUUGAUAAUCUUCUUCAAAUAAUAAAUGGUUGUGAACAACAAUCAUUAACUUCAAUAAAAUUUAUUCCAGGAAAAAUUAUUUCACCUUAUCAAAAUCCUAAACGUAUUUCAACUGGAAUAGAAAAAAAGAAAAAUAAAUUAAAAAAACAAAAAUAA